CGUCGGCAGUGCCAAUGGAAGGAUUUUCCCCUAUCUUAAAAGAAACCAUUUGUAGGCUGGAAAGAGAGAGAGAAGGGAGGAGGACAGAAGUGUGCCAUGCACGGGCCAAUGGGAGGCCUGCGUGUAGAAUGCAGUUAUUGCGCCGGUGAGUGUAAGUAGACACGUGAUGUGCACAGCCUUGUAUUCUUCCUCAAGGUGCUGCUGCCGUCGGGCCUGGAGGAGGAGAUGCAUCGCUGUCAUGGUCCCUGCUAACAAGCUGGGCUGAGUGACAAGGGCUUGAACCGGAGGUACCACUGCCACACCUCGCACUCGUCUACACGGAGGAACAUUCAUUUCCUGGCUUGUGAACUGACAUGGAUCUGACAAAAGUAUCCGUCCUUCAAGUCCUCGUCCUGGUCCCGACGCUCGUCAUCGUGUCGUCACAAGACGACAGCAUGCAGGCUAUCAGUGACAUCAUCGCCGCCAGUCACGCCGACUGCCGACGAGAGCUGAACCCGGGUAUGGCCAUCGCCAUCGUCAAGGGUGGGCGCACCCUGCUGUCACGUGGCUUCGGCGUCACCAGUCUCCAUGGCAACAUACCAGUGACCAGCAGCACCCGCUUCAAUGUGGCGUCGUUGACCAAAGCCUUGACGGCGGCGCUCCUGCUAAAAGUUAUGGAGGAGAGCGGCAGAUAUAACAUCUCAACUCCUGUCCGAGAGAUAAUGGGCCGGUACUUUCGGUUUGCAGAUGACCUGCGCACCCAGCAUGCAACAGCUGAAGACGUUCUUUCCCACAAAAUGGCCGUCCCUGCCAACAACAAGAUCCGGUUCGACUCCACACUCUCGCGAAGGACCUUGCCAGGACGACUGCGGUUUCUGAAUUCUUUGGACACUUUCCGGAGUACCUACAUGUACAGCAAUCUGAUGUAUGGCCUGGCCUCGCGCAUGACGGAAGUUAUCGCUGGCGAACGAUGGGAAGACCUCGCGGAGCGCUAUUUCUUCCGACCUUUGGAUAUGCACAGGUCAACUUUCGUCACUCAGCUCGACCUGUCUGAGCUCAACACGGCAAAGCCCUACCAAAACUACUUCGGAGUUUUGAAACCUAUUAGCAGUGAGCUGCUCAGGCAAUAUGGAGAACUGGUGGGUUCUGGUGGCUUAGUCAGCACGGCAGACGACAUGGCGCAGUGGAUGAACUUCUUCCUCACUGGCGGCUUCAGUGCCAGAGGUCAGAGGGUCAUGUCGGAGGAGAGUUUGCGCGAGCUGCAAAAGCCCAGAACAGCCAUGCCCAUGGUGCUGUUCAGUCAACCGGACUUUCCCGUCACGGCCAGCUUUGACAUUUAUGGCAUGGGAUGGUGGUUAGGGUACUACCGGGGCUUUCCGGUUCUGGGACACUCGGGUGCUUCUUACGGGUAUCGCGCCUUCGUGGUACUCGUGCCCUCGCUCAAAGCCGGUAUUUUCGUCGUCAUGACAGGAGAUGACACCGGCUACCUGUACCGAGGACCGCUCAUCAGCCUCCUGCUGGACCACGUGAUGGGGGUCACGCCUUGGGUCAAUGCUUCUGUCCUGUGUUCUUUCCCGCAGCCGUGGCAGCCGUCACGUAACCAACCCACCGUCCCUCCCUACGACACCAGCCGGGCUCUGGCCCACAACCUCACCGCCUACGUGGGAACCUACGUCAACCCGGGCUACGGCAGGCUGGACAUCCGUCUCCGGCACAACGGCAAGGCUCACGGAGCCAGGCUCGGGCGAUCGCCGCGCCGCGUGCAGCUGGAGCUGGUCUACGGCUACGGGACGUGGGAUCUGAUUCCGAUGGCGCCGCACGCUACGUCGCCCAGUCGUCAGACUGCUGACGCCGAUCCGUCGGACCUGCUGGAGUACUUCUACGGCAAGGGCAGCAACGUGACGCAGUUCAUUGACACCUCACCCAUCAUAGUUCACCCGCCGCCCACAGGUAGCGCAGUGAUCGUCAGAAUCACGGUGCCUGGAUUCGAAACCCGGAUACCGCCUGUGUUCUGGAGGUAUGAAGCCACUUCCGGUGGAAUUUCGUGGCGCGGGAGAGACAGGACAGUUUUAGUUUACAUUAUGUUUUGGAUGCUGCUGUGUUGUGGAUUACGUCGGUGAUGCUGAUAACAUCUCCAUCCUCUCUUCGCCUUCACCUUCACCCCUUCAUUCUUCGUAUUUACACAGCGUGUAGUUGGUCGUGCGACAUUUUGACUCAUCUCCUCCUAAGAACGAGAACAUGAAGAAAAGGGUCUCGAAACAACAGGAUCAUAUUUUCAUCUGGCGCUCUCCUGUCUCCUGACUUCUUGCAUUCAAAGCAAAAUUCACAAGAAUGACCACACAUACACACACGGGGGAUUUAAGUACUAAAAAUGUGUAAAUUAUCGACAUCGUACUCACACGUGCUAAACUCUGUAUUUCGCAAACACGUGUUUGUUCUUUCAAACUUUAUCCCAAAAGACCAUUUUCUUCACCUUCUCCCCGUUACAUAGUAUCAGCGCUGUGUCAUGUGACUUAAUCUGAGGUAUUUUUUAUGUAAGUUAAGUUCUGGGAUAUUCUACUUUUUUAUUUGUCUGUUUUUGUUUUGCAUAAAAGCGUGUCCUCUGUGUUAUUCACUACUCACAUUUUCUAUUAUGAAAAUGCAUACAAUCAGGUAUAUCCACAAAGCACCCAAAAAAGCAAUUUUUGGAUGAUGGUCUUCACUCACUCACACACAGAGUAACACUUGCGGGAAAGAACUAAAUCCAUCUUUUGUCCUCUUCUCUUCAUUCCACUCAAAGCAUACUACCUUUUUUUUCUAGAUUGCCAAUCACUCAUGCAUUAUUUUUUCAUAUAAGCUUUUAAUUCAAGUCUGUUACGACUACACGGUAACAAGAAAGCUAGGUUUAGAGACCAAUAGAAGACCAACCGUGCUGGCAAACAAAGCUGGAGUUAUUAGCAAUCGUGUUACAGUAUGGUGAAUAUUUGGUGUACCCCGUAUACACACAUAAACCAUUUCUCUCUCAUACAUAUAUAUAUAUAACGAAAUAGACAAAACCAAAGACACCACACAGACACUAACAUACAGACCCAUGAAUGUGAUGUUAUUACCUCCUGUCUGUGAUUGUCUCAUUUUGUUUACUUUUGUGAAAUGUUUUGGUCCAAGGAAAGGUUUUGUAUUUCAUGUUUGUGUGUAAAAGCUAUGUUUUGACUUCGCUCAUUUUCUCAAGUUUAGAGUCACACAUAUUUAUAAAUAAGAGAUACAAACUGUUAAUCACUGUCGCCUUGUAUAGUCAUAUGUAGAUAUUUCCUAUUGAAAGUGCUGAAUAAGUGAACGAGGGAGCAAAUGAAACAAUGAGUGAAGAUGUGAUAAGUAAAGGCAUAGAAUGAAUGAAGUAAGAUUUAUAUUUUUUUUUUAAUGGGUGUGCUGCUUACUCGUUGAGCUGAAAACAAGUAUUUAAUGGCAUUGUAAAUGUAGAAAGAUAGGAGUAAUUUCUAAGAGGUUCUAUUUUUCUAGUCGUUAGUGAUUACCUUCCACCUUCCAUCUGUUUCUUUCUCUCAGUCCAUAAACCGUGUCCUUAACAUACCCCUUCACGUACCCACUUUUCUUUCUUCCUUUCUGUCUGAUCUCUUUUUCCCCCUUCCUUCACUCUCUCUGCUUUCCCCUAUCUUUUAGCAAAGAAUCAAACUGAAUUCCUCGUUUAGUUGUCUUUCUAUUCUUUGCUAUCUUACUUUUUAUUUCUUUCUGUCAGUCCUAAUUUGAGUUUAACAAUAUAGUGAAAUGGAUGUGGAUAAUUAGACUGCAAUAUACUAUUUAGGGGCAUCAUCAGUUACUAGGUAUUAUAGGUCUGUGAAGUGACAAAAUGUGUUGAAUAAAGCAGCAUACAAAAUUU